GUCAUAAUAAUGUCAAAAUGAUGUCAUUUUGACUGUAAAUGAUCAAUUUUUCAUCAAGGCUCCUUGCAGUGACAUCAAAAUGACGUCAUUUUGACGUUAUUUUGACGUCAUCGAUAUAUAUAUCGAUACAUUGAAGGUAUCGAAUAAUAUCGAGAUCGAGAGUCACUCGAGGCGCUAGCUAGCAUAGCUCAGCAUAGCUUUAGAGUAAAGAACGAGAGAAUUCCAGAAGAAAUCAGAAGAAAACGGAUUACCCGCGUUUUCGCAGUCUAUUAUGUUUUAAGUAUUCGACGUGGUUUAGCUGUGCCUAGAAGUAGGAAGAAAAUGACUCCAUUAAAGCAGGUAUUUAUAAUUGCUAAUAACUAAUAUUAGUCCUUCGAUUCUUUAAAGUUCUGUUUGAUAGUUGAGGUAUUAGGAUUGUGUAGUGUGAGCUUAGUAUUUAAAAAAAAUUUUUUUUAUUGUAUUCGUUUUACAUUUUUUACAACAUUCAGAUAGAAUGAAGCUGUUUAUUUCGGCGUAAUGUGCCGGCCCGCCUAACCUCACUUUUGAUUUAUAAUGUUAGAGAGGACGGCAUGAUCACAUUUGAAUUAGGAAAGUCCUGUUGACAAGAAAAUGAAGCUGAAGAGUGAAAAGGAGCUUUCUACCCACCUAGAAUCUUUUCUCUUUCAUGUGUUUCAACAUGUGUUGUUGUGUUAUCAUGGUGUUGCAAUAUUAUUUUUGUUAACUUUGUUGAUAUUUUGUCAUUCAGGUAUUAUCCUCUUUAGUCUAUUGUAAAGUGAAGUAUGAAACGCAAGUUGCAUGCUGCAUCUGUGAAAGUAGUCAGAAAGCUUCUUUAUACCGAAGAAGUAAGACAAACUUUAUCACAAGUUGAUGAUGCAUUAGAAGUUUUUGAGGUAGGAAGCCAUGAUCAACAUUCAGUCGGGGAUGAUUCAUUAGUUUAUUCAGAGGUGGAGGAGAACCGAAACAAUCUUUCCAGUGAUGAUAAUGAAUUAGAUCACAAUGAUUGCAAUACUAGUUUUGAGCAAGAAGCGGAGGCUGAAGCCGUUGAUAUUGAUUUAGAUGAAGAGUUUGCAAUUAAUAUCCAGGACCAGAAUGACAUUCAGUCAGCAGAGGAUUCUGAUAAAUACAUGUCAAGGUUUUUGAAGGAAUGGGCAAUGAGGGGUGUUGCACAUAGGAAAGUUGAUGAACUUCUUGCAGGGCUAAGACCCCUCCAUAGCUCUUUACCAAAGUCUCACAAGACUUUACUGCAAACCCCACGCAGAGUUGAAUUGCAACGUAAUGGUGAAGGUUCAAUGUGGUACAAAGGUUGUCUGAUAGGAGAAGCUGUACCAUUCAUCAUAGGUGUGUGGCAUGGUUUUGGAAAAGCAGACAGUAUUAAUGCUUUUUUAACGGACUUUAUUCAUGAAGUUGAUGAAUUAGCACUGAAUGGUUAUAACUUUCAUGGCAGCCGCUUUCCCUUUAAAAUCGGGAAUUACAUACUCGAUGCUGUAGCACGACAAUAUGUAAAAUGUAUUUCAAGUCACAACAGUGUUUAUGCAUGUGAAAAGUGCACAGUAAGAGGUGCGCGUUUUAGAAAUCGUGAAAUCUUUUUGGAUUUUAAUGCACCAUUGCGUACAGAUGAAUCCUUUAGGAGAAAGGAUCAGCUUGAUCAUCAUGAUGGAGAUUCGCCCCUAGAAGCCAUGAGAAGUGACAACAAUAGAAUGAUUUCACAGUUUCGUUUAGAUCCCAUGCAUUUGUUAUUUGAAGGAGCUUUUAAAAGAUGGGUUCAAUAUCUCUGUGGGUAUCAAGCUAUCACAUAUGGUAAAAUCUCAAGGUUAGCAUGUUUCAAUUUAUGUUCUGGUAUGAUUGACAUUGCUCCUUGGAUCCCCAUGGAAUUCAGUCGUAGACCGAGAUCUUUGUAUUAUCAAGCCAAGUUUAAAGCAACUGAGAGGAGGCAUUCAUGA